AUGAAUAACACAGAAAGUGUUGAAAUGUCAACAACGACAUUGAUAAACGAAAAUAAAGUGAAAAUUUUUCUAACGGAACUUGCCAAAGAUAUUAAAAACGGGGAUAAACAGAGUGCUGAUAUUAAGCUUAAAACUUUACAGGAAAAAGGAAAUCCUAUUUGGUUGAAGGAGUAUAAAAAAUACAAUACUCUGGGUGAGAGUCUGCUCCAUUUGACAAUCAAGAAACAUUACGAUGAAAAAUUUGUAAGACAACUGUCAGAAUUAUGCCCUAGGCUUCUCUGUGCGGACAUUAGAAAAUCAAAAGAGUUUUUGGGGCAAACAGCGCUUCAUAUUGCAAUUACCAAGGGCAACGCGAAAGCAACUAAAACAAUGCUAGAAAUUGGUCAAAAGAAACUACCUGGUAACCAGAUGUCGACUUUAUUACAGACAAAAGCGACAGGAUCUCGGUUUGUGAAUACUGUGAUGAUGGGACAGCUUCCUUUGACAGUAGCCGCACUGAAGGGGAAUAAGAAAAUCAUAAAAUAUCUUUUAAAGUUCGGAGCCGAAUUGCAAAAUAAAAAUGAGGAAGGAGACACGGUGUUUCAUUCGUUAGUUAAGUAUGCAGCAAUAUACCCAGAAAAAGUAAUAGGCAUUGUUGAGAUAGUGAGAUACUUAAACGAGAAAGUAGAAUUUAAGAUUCCAUUGGACGAAAAUGCGUUUGAAGACAUAGAAAUAGAUGAAUGUCGACCAAUUUCUUCCUUUGUAUGGUUUCUGAAAAAUAAUGAGAACCUGACGCCUCUUCAGCUUGCUGCCAAACACGGGGUUUCAAAACUUUUUGAAGAGAUUCUUAACCUAAAAGAUAUCUACUGCUUCAUUAGGGAAAACGAUGGACUGUUUGACGUAAAAGAGUACGACAUAACAGAAAUAGAUACCGUCAGCAAUAUUCGCUCAUCAAGAGCAAGUAAUCGAAAAAUGUUCCCUUCAAAGAAAACUACACCAGAGAAUAUGGAAGGAGUAGCAAGAAAAAAAGUUGAUCAGGCGCACGACACACAGUGUAUGCCUUGUGUGGGGCAAUGUUGUGCUUACCCAGAAACAGAAUCUAUCUUGGAAAUGCUUUUCACAUCUGACUAUGAGAGCAAAGAUGCUUACCGAAUUAUUGAGUUGAUGCCUGUGAAAAACAUCAUACUAAUGAAAUGGAAGCGUUAUCAGUAUUUCUUUGGUUUGUUGAUGUUAUUCCAUUAUGUUUUUGUAAUACUGUUGACUACAUAUAGCGUGUAUAAUGUAUGUAUAAGACUGGUUUCUUUUUCUGCUGGAAUGUUUAUCGCAUUUCGUGGAACUGAAAAAGAAGACUUUGCAUCCUUCUCUAGCACAAUGAUGGCAAUGUUUAAGCUAGGGGUCGGGAUUGAAGAUAUUAGUGUGAUAAGUUCUGCGCGAAUUCCCGUCGUAGCAACAGUGAUUUUUAUUGUCUUUACUGUAUUUACGUAUCUACUCAUGCUAAAUGCGUUAAUUGCAAUGAUGUCACAGACCUGUUCUCUUGUGUUAGAGGAACAGUAUCCCCAGUGGCGACUACAACAACUCUCUGUUGUUCUCUUUAUUGAAGAUAUCCUCUGUCUAUGCUGUUUUCACAAAAUUCUGUCUAGUGUAGGGUCUAGAAUUCCUACGAUUAGGUAUGACCCAAUUACAAAACAAAUGAAACAAGAAGAUCGGUACUAUUUAGAAAUACAUUCUUUGCAAAUGGAAUAUGCGACAGCCGAGGAAAAAAUAAGGGUGAAAAAGAAAUCUAACGAAAUACAAACAUUACUCCUGCAAUCAGAUGAACAGCUCGCGAAUCCAAUGUCUUUAAUUCGUCAAAGUCUGAGGGAUAAGGUUGGAGAUCCAUUAAAUCAUUGGAAAAAGAAAAUAAAAGACCGGAAACAUACACCGAUGGAAAACCGUGAUGAAAUGCAAUCGGAAGAAGAAACGGGACACGCAGUUAAAGUAUCACCAAAUUACCAAAUUGCAUCUUCUUCUAAAACACCUUCAACGAUACUAACGUCAGAUUUGCAACUGAACGGUCCUUUGAAUGAGAAUGGCAAGAAAAUGGAGCCACCUUUUUGUCGAGUAUCCUUUAUCAGAGUACCUCAUAGCAAAAACACAUUUGAAUAUGAUAUACGAACUCUUACUGAUUCCUAG